AUGGAUGAUACAAGGAUUAGCCAAUUCAUGGCUAUGCUGAAGCAAUUGAUGGUGAAUGUCUCUUUAGUGGAGGCAUUAGAGCAGAUGCUUGGGUAUUCUAUGUUCAUGAAAGACCUGGUGACGAAGAAGAGAGCAAUGAUCUACGAACCGGUGGAUUACCUUUAUCACUGUGGUGCUAUUUCAACAAGGUCUUUGGUGCAAAAGAAAGCGGACCCAGGAGCAUUUACGAUUACUUGUACUAUCGGGUCUCUUGAUUUUUCUAAGGCCCUGUGUGAUCUGGAAGUGAGUAUUGACCUGAUGCCACUUGCUGUUUAUAAGAAGCUGGGUUUAGGGGAUCCUACACCUACAAACAUGCAACUAGUGAUGGCGGACAGAUCGGUAAAGCGGCUAGUGAGUAUUUUGUAUAAUAUGCUAGUGAAGGUGGCCAACUUUAUAUUCCCUACAGAUUUUGUUAUUAUGGAUUGUGAGGUGGACUUUGAGGUACCCGUUAUCUUGGGUCGACUUUUUCUUGCAACUGGAAGUGUGCUUAUUGACUUGCGAGCUAAUGAGAUCUUAUUCAGGCUUAAUGAUGAAUUAGUUCGGUUUGAUGUAUGUCAAUCUAUGAAGCAACACAAAGAAAUGAGUGUGUUCUUGUAA